UUGGUUGGUGGACGUCGCACUGCGCGCGCACUUCAGUAUCCUCCGUCAUUCGCGAAUUGGUGGUCUUGACCCCAUCGCAAACACUCUGCAAUGGUGAAACGCAAGAAGCAUGACAAGGACAAAUACUACAACCUGGCCAGGCAGCAGGGCUACCGUGCGCGAUCCGCCUUCAAGCUUAUCCAGUUAAACAAGAAGUAUGACUUCCUGUCUACGGCCAAGGUGUGCAUCGAUCUAUGUGCCGCCCCCGGUGGUUGGUGCCAAGUCGCGGCUAAGUACAUGCCCGCAUCCAGUAUCAUCCUGGGUAUCGAUCUGCUGCCCAUCCGCCCCAUUCGAGGUGUCAAGACGUUCCAGUGUGAUAUCACGACGACCCGGUGUCGCCAAAUCAUUAAACAGGAGAUGCAGAGCUGGCAGGCAGACGUAGUUCUAUGUGAUGGUGCUCCUAACGUCGGUGCCGAGUACUCCAAGGAUGCGUACGUGCAGAAUGAACUGGCUCUGGUCGCCCUGAAGUUGGCAGUGGACGUCAUGGGCCGCGGAGGUACCUUUGUGUCUAAGGUUUUCCGUUCGCAGGACUACAACGCGCUGCUGUGGGUAUUCAAGCAGCUGUUCAAGAAAGUGAGCGCAACCAAGCCUCUUUCGUCGCGUAACGAGUCUGCCGAGAUCUUUGUUGUGUGCGAGCAGUUCCUCGCUCCGCACUCGAUCGACCCGAAGCUCUUCGACCCCAAGUACGUCUUCGACCAGGUAGAUGCACAGGAAAAGACAAUUACUAUCUUCCACCCCAAGUUCGGAGACCGCAAGCGCCACCGUGAAGGUUACGACGAGGCUCUGGGUAUGACGUUGACAAACGAGUGCAGCGUGUCGCAGUUUAUUGACGCGCACGACCCGAUUCGACUACUCACCGACACAACCAGCAUCAAGUUCAUGCCUGAAGACGAUGUGUACCGCGACCACAAGGACACUUCGGACGAAAUCGUGACCUGCCUCACCGAUCUCAAGGUGCUUGGCAAAGCUGACUUCAAGAACUUGCUGAAGUGGCGUACGCGUAUGCUGAAGUACAAGGAGGAGCUUAUCAAGGCCGAAAACCCGGAGGAGGAGGAGAAGGAAGAAGAGAAGCCCGCGGAGAAGGAACCCGAGCGCGAGCUGACUGAAAAGGAGAAAGACGCACUUGUCCGAGAAGAGCUGUCUCAACUGCGUGCCAAUGUUCAAGCCAAGAAGAAGCGCGAAAAGAAGAAGGAGCGUGAGCGCAAGCAGAAGCUUCGUAUCCGUGCCGCGCUUGGUAUGAACGCAGAGGGCAUCGACGUGACUGAAGCCGAGUCCGCUUUCAGCUUGAAGGAGCUGAAGAUGUCCAAGAACAAGGUUGAUGAACUCGAGAAUGCUGGUGCCGAUUCAUCUUCGGACGAGGAGCUUCAAUUUGAGACCUCCGACGAGGAAGACGAGGAUGCUGGUCUGGAGGACAGCGAUGCUGAAUACGACGAGUUGCUGGAAGCUUCGAUGGAGAAGGCCUACGAGCAGUUCUUGACCCGUCGUGGCGAUGACGUGAAGACUCGCAAGGCUGUGAAGCGCACCAAGGUUGCCAAGCGUGCGUUGGCUGGCGAAGCUCUCGUGCAGGACAGCGAGAUGUUCGACGGCGACAUGAAGCAGUACCAGAAGAUGAUCAACCCCGACGAGAGUUCCGAUGAGAGCGAUGACGACGAGGAUGACCUGAACGUGUCUCUCAAGGUUCCCGAGAAGUCAAGCGCCGCGGUGAACCGCUGGUUCUCGGACAACAAGCUCUUCGAUGGCAUCGACGAGAAGGAGGACCUAACGCUGCCCGAGAUGCCUAAGACGGACAAGGAGAUUCGUCACGCCAAGCGCAAGGCUGCAAUGGAGCGAAAGGAACGCCGCGCUAUGAAGAAACUCAAGAAGGAGGAGAAGGAAUACGAGCUCGAGUUUGGCACGGAGUUCGACAUCGCUGCGCCAGCCAACUCUGAUGACGAGGCGGCCAUGACUGCUGAGGCCGAAGAGGAGAGCGACGACGAAGCUACGGCUGAGAAGAAAGCUCUCAUUCGUUCUGGAAUGGGCGCAGCGUUGAAGACCGACAAGAACUCUAGCGAUAAGUUUGAGGUCGUCGCUGCUGGUGAGGAGCCGGAUGAGAACGCUUUGCCCGUGAUGGACGAGCGCAAGUAUGACUCCGACCACGAGGAAUAUGAUGCUGAAGACCGUGCCAAGACGCUUGCUCUUGCUAGUAUGAUGAUCCACAAGUCGAAGGCCAAGGACAUGAUCGACGCCAGCUACAACCGCUACGCUUGGAACGACUCGGAGGCGCUGCCUGACUGGUUUGCUGACGAUGAGGAGAAGCACUACCGCCCCCAAAUUCCGAUCCCGAAGAACGUCUUGGCGCAAAUGAAGGAGCGCUUCAUGGAGAUGGCCACCAAGCCUGUCAAGAAGGUUGCUGAAGCCCGUGGCCGCAAGCAACGACUACAGAUGAAGAAGCUGAAGGCUGCCAAGAAGAAGGCAACGGACAUCGCCAACCUGCCCGACAUGUCGACGCGUGAGAAGCUCAAGGCCAUCGACCGCGCUAUGAAGGGUGCUCGCCUCAAGAAGGAGAGCAAGGUGUACGUCGUGUCGACCCGCGGUGGAACCAAGACUGCUGGUGGCAAGAAGGCCGGCAAGGGCAAGGUGAAGCUUGUGGAUCCGCGUAUGAAGAGCGACAAGCGCAACGCCGAGAUCCGUGCCAAGCGUGGCAAGAAGCGGAAAAGAUAAACGCCCAGUUUUGCUGUGUACAUGCACAGACGCCCACUAACUUAUCGACGUCAGAAUUAAAGGCACAAACACGAUGUAUCAUGAACCGCUUCACCUAUUCUUACGAUGAUCGUUGCUCUCUCCAUUCCCAAGCUUCGUGCUUCAUUGGCUUGGUGCUCUGUACUUCAGCUGAGAAGCCGA